GUGAACAUGUUUAGUCAGAUCAGGAAGUGUGAUGCUGUGACAGUAGAGGAGGAAGCGGACUCACAAUGGCACCAUGUUUGCUUCUGGGACUGGAAGCAUGAGAGGGCCGGGGCUGAAGACCCCUCUGCUGCUGCUGCUGCUGCUGCUGCUGGGCACAGUGUUUUGCCAAGAAGAGGAUGAUGCAGGCGUAGAAGAAGAAGAAGCAGACACAGACAUAGAGCCUGAGGAGGAGCCCGGAGAAGUAGAACCAGGGGCUGAGGACCCAGAUGUUUCUGAAUCCACUCUACUUCCGGAACUCACCACAACAUAUUUCGAUGUUGAAACUACCAUUGGAGAAGAGCAGGAUGGCUCAGGACGUUAUAACUCCGAGCCCUAUGAUGAUGAGUCAAACACCACGGAUACGACCGACCCAGAGCCGGAUGAGGGUCUGGGUCUGCUCAUCAUCCUGAUCCCUGUGGUGCUGGUGGUCCUCAUCAUCGCCAUCAUCGUUUUCUGCAUCUUCAUCAACCGCAGGUGGAAACAAAAUCAGAUGGAUCAAGAGCUGAGGAAAGAGGAUCUAUAUUUGGACGGGUCCAGUACAGAGAAGGUUCCUAUGCCCAUGUUUGAGGAAGACGUGCCCUCUGUGCUCGAGCUAGAAAUGGAAGAGUUAGACAAUUGGAUGAGGAAGGAUGGUGAGUAUCUUUUUAACAUGUAGCUGUAGCGUAUACAU